AUGAAUAAUUAAUUCAUUUCAGAUAUUCUUGAUAAAUCAUUUGGNGGAAAUUGUUCAGCUGAAAAUAUUUAGUAUUAUGAGAAUGUAGAAUUUACAGAGGGAGAUACAUAUGAAGGAGAAAUGAAGAAUGGAUUUGCAGAAGGUUGGGGUAUCUAUACAAGAAAAAAUGGAGACAAAUAUAUUGGUUGGGUAAUAAUAAGUUAUAUUAAGUGAAGUGGCAUAAUGGAUUUUAGCAUGGUAUAGGAAAAGAGAUAUUUGCAGAUAAAACUGAAUAUGAGGGAACAUUUGAGGAAGGAAAGAAACAUGGUCAAGGGAAAAUAAAAUUUCCUGAUGGAUCAUCAUAUGAAGGAUAAUUUUAAAAGGAUAGUUUUUCAGGAGAUGGAGUUUACAUAUAUCCAAAUGGAAUGAAAUUAUUUGGUAGAAUAGUAUUUUAAUUAAGUUUGGUAAGUGGAUAGAUAAUAGAAAAGAAGGUAGAGCAUAAAUAGUAUUUGAGAAUGGAAAUAUAUUUUAAUGUGUAAGAAUAUAAUGAAAUUAAAAGUAAUAUAAAAAUGAUAUGAAAAAUGGUGAGGGUUUAUUCAAAUGUCCGGAUGGAUGUAGAUUUGAGAGUAAUUGGGUAGAUGGAUAAUUAUAAGGAGAAUCGAAAUAUAUAGAAAAUGAUAUUUUGACAAUUGGAGAAUGGCUAAAUAAUAGAUGUGUGAAAUGGGAAUAAUAGAAUGAUUGA